AUGGCACCUAACGGAACAAGCAACGGCCACGCCAACGGUAACGGCCAUGCCAACGGGAACGGCAACUCCCCCGCCAACCCCGCCACUUCGGUCCCUCUGUCCAAGAGCUACGAGGAGGAUCGGAACGCAAAGUCGACCGAUGUCGAGUACACCACUUCCAACGGUGCGACCCAGCGUCACCCGUACACCGUCCAGCGGGCAGGUCUCGAUGGACCUCUCCUCCUGCAGGACUUCCACCUGAUCGACUUGCUUUCUCACUUUGACCGCGAGCGGAUUCCUGAGCGUGUUGUUCACGCCAAGGGCGGCGGAGCUCACGGUGUCUUUGAGUGUACCGAUGACUUCCAGGACCUGUCGUGCGCCGACAUGUUCAAGAAGGGCGUCUCGUGCCCCAUCUCGAUGCGGUUCUCUACCGUCGGUGGCGAGUCUGGAUCACCCGAUCUCCACCGUGAUCCCCGAGGGUUCUCUAUCAAGUUCAGGACCUCCGAGGGCAACUGGGACUUUGUGGCCAACAACACCCCGGUCUUCUUCUUGCGCGACCCGGCAAAGUUCCCCCACUUCAUCCACACCCAGAAGCGUGACCCCGCUACCCACCUUACCGGUGACGACGACUCGACCGCUUUCUGGGACUACCUCUCGCAGAAUCCCGAGUCGGUCCACCAGGUCAUGAUCCUCAUGUCUGACCGAGGAAUUCCCGCCGGCUGGCGGUUCAUGCACGGCUACUACGGCCACACCCUCAAGAUCGUCAACAAGAACGGCGAGUGGCAAUUCUGCCAGUUCCACGUCAUCUCGGAGCAGGGCACCAAGAACUUUACGCAGGAUGAGGCUGCGAAGCUCUCCCCCGAUUAUGCGCAGAAGGACAUGUUUGAGGCGAUUGAGCGCGGCGAAUUCCCACAGUGGAAACUCAAGGCCCAGACAAUGACCCUCAAGCAGGCCGAGGAGCUCUGGCGCGAGAAGAAGAUUAACGUCUUUGACUUGACACACAUCUGGCCUCACGCGGACUUCCCCCUGCGCGAGAUCGGCAAGUUGACCUUGAACGAGAACGCCAAGAACUACUUUGCCGAGAUUGAGCAGAUCGCCUUCAACCCCGCGCACAUGAUCCCGGGUGUUGAGCCGUCUGCGGACCCCGUCCUCCAGUCACGUCUCUUCUCGUACCCCGAUGCCCACCGUCACCGUAUCGGCCCCAACUACCAGCAACUCCCUGUCAACCAGCACAUUGCCGGCUACGCUUCUGGCAACUUCCAGCGGGACGGCCAGAUGGCCUUCUACAACCAGGGCUCCCGCCCCAACUACCUCUCGUCGAUCGACCCAAUCAAGUUCCGCGACCCCGCCUACUCGCUCAACGACGUGCACGGCCGAUUCGUAGGCGAGGCGGUCAGCUUCCUGUCCGAGAUCCGUCCCGAGGACUUCAACGCUCCCCGUGCGCUCUGGCAGAAGGUGUUUGGCGAGGAGCAGCAGCAGCGGUUUAUCGAGACGGUCUCGGGCCACAUGGCCAACUGCAAGGACGAGAAGAUUAUUCAGCGCCAGUUGACUAUCUUCAAGGAGGUCGACCAGAGCUUGGGAGAGAGGCUCGAGAAGGCCACGGGUGUCAAGGCGCUCGAGGGUGGUGUGGCCGCCAUGCAGUUCAACGGCUCGCACAACGGCAUGGGCAACAAGAAGAUCCCCGCCAACGGCCUCAAGGAGACCAACGACGUUCACUUCUACAACGGCGCCCCCCAGGCUCAGGACGCCAAGUUGUAA